AUGGCUUUAGUGGGAAGUCCUCCUGGGCAAUCAGGACGAGAUGGCUACCCGGGGCCACUGGGUCUAGAUGGCAAGCCGGGACUUCCAGGCCCCAAAGGGGAAAAGGGUGCACCAGGAGACUUCGGCCCCCGGGGAGACCAAGGGCAAGAUGGAGCUGCUGGGCCUCCGGGGCCCCCUGGGCCCCCUGGGGUCCGAGGCCCUCCUGGUGACACUGGGAAAGAUGGCCCCAGGGGAGCACAAGGCCCAGAGGGUCCCAAAGGAGAGGCUGGACGAGACGGCGAGAUGGGCCUGAAGGGACCCCCAGGGCCCAAGGGUGAGCCUGGCAUUCCUGGAAAGAAGGGAGAUGACGGGACGCCAAGCCAGCCAGGGCUCCCUGGACCUCCAGGGCCCAAGGGCGAGCCAGGGAGUGUGGGGCCUCCAGGAGAAAACGGUGUGGACGGCGCCCCAGGGCCAAAGGGAGAGCCUGGCCAGCAAGGUGCCGAUGGAGCCACAGGGCUGCGGGGUCCCCCGGGCCUCAAGGGCGAGCAAGGAGACACAGUGGUGAUUGACUACGAUGGCAGGAUCUUGGAUGCCCUGAAGGGGGAGCUGGGACUGCCUGGUGCCCCGGGAAUCGAUGGAGAGAAGGGUCCCAAAGGAGCUAAAGGCGACCCAGGAGAGGUGGGGCCGGCCGGACCCAAAGGGGAGGCAGGCGAGAUGGGCCUGUCGGGCCUCCCGGGCGCCGACGGCCCCAAGGGGGAGAAGGGAGAGUCGGCAUCUGACAACCUACGGGAGAGCCUGGCUCAGAUCAUAGUGGAGCCAGGGCCCCCAGGCCCCCCUGGUCCCCCAGGCCCCAUGGGCCUUCAGGGAAUCCAGGGUCCCAAGGGCUUGGACGGAGCAAAGGGAGAGAAGGGCGUGUCAGGGGAGAGAGGCCCCAGCGGCCUGCCUGGGCCAGCUGGCCCGCCGGGCCUUAUUGGACUGCCAGGAACCAAAGGAGAGAAGGGAAGACCCGGGGAGCCGGGCCUGGAUGGUUUCCCUGGACCCCGAGGAGAGAAAGGUGACCGGAGCGAACGUGGAGAGAAGGGGGAGCGAGGAGUCCCGGGCCGGAAAGGUGUGAAGGGCCAGAAGGGUGAGCCGGGACCGCCAGGCCUGGACCAGCCGUGUCCCGUGGGCCCUGAUGGGCUGCCCGUGCCUGGCUGCUGGCAUAAGCCAGCUGCCCGCCCCUUGGGGCCCCUCUGGGCCUUGGCUUCACCGGGACAGGACAAGAUUUCUGCCCGGCACUUGCAGCUGGAUGCUGCGAGCUUUGGGGAGCACACUGCGCCCCCACUCCCACCAAGCUCAGUGGGCCUCAGGAAGCUAGCCUGCCAUGAGAACACGUGCCCUCUGGCCCGGAGGAGACCACCACCCGUGGACCCAGCUGCAAGGAGCCUCUCGAUCCUCGAGUGUGGAGGACGGCGGGUCCCAGACUGGAGUGGCUGCUGCACCCAGAAGAGGGUCAUGAUGGGACUUUGCCAGCCCAAGGAGACUGGCCCGCAGCUCAGAGUUGGGGUCUCCUCUUGCCCCAACUCUCCCACCCGGGAGAGCUCCGCACAGCUGCUGGAUCCCCACGGUGCAUGA